UGUAAAUUAAUCGAAACGAGUGGAAUUUUGUUUAUGUCUCGUGCUGGGGGGUCGUUGUCGCUAGUUGUUUGUGCGUGGGCUAAGUGCAGGUUAAAGUAUAUACUGCAAUAACAUAUUUAAUGGUGCGAAACUCCAACAAGUGCUUCACAACAGACGGAGACCUGUAGAAAAUUCUAAGCCUAUCGUUUGCUUGACAAUGUUUUAUGGCUUAGAUGCGUGUAUGGCUGUGCUCGUGUCUGGGAACACGAACCGACUCCGAGAACUUGAUGCUCGAGAAUUCCGAUCGUCGGCCGAUGUGUCACUUUGCCCUAUUGCCAUGAAGGAAGAACCUAUGAACUCUUUCUCGCCGGUUGACGAGGGGCCCGAAUGCUUCACAGCAGCAAAAGAACGCACCAAGAGUGCUGCUAAAUUUCCGGUCUCGGAAGCGACAGAAACUCAGAUGUUUGAGUUUGUGGCUGUCAAACAGGAAUGGGUCGAAGAUGAUGUGAAGGAUGAUGACUGGGAUGAAGCUCAGGGGCCUGAGAACGCAGCUGUAGAGGAAGAUGGGAUUCACAUCAAAACACAGCCAUCUGAGUGGUGCAUAUUGGAGGAACCUGAAUCAGCAGAUACAACAGUGGGCAAUGCAAGGUUUAUCCCACAAGGCCAGGAUGGUUGUACUACUGGCAGAUGUGCCACCAUACGCACCAGAACUGACGAGAUACCGUUUAGUGACAGUAAUCGCAGUGGCAGCUGGAAAGAAUCUGACAGGAAUAAAAGCAAUACGCACCUACUCUCAAGACAGGUAGUGGACUCGGAGAGGCAGAAUACCCAUAAAGACAGCUAUUCUACUACAAGUACUGUGUUAAGUGACAGAUUCUGCAAGGAUACCUCUGACGCAAAUUCGAACUGCUACCAGGUAAAUGACAUUUGCGAGAGGCUCUCCCCCUCGACGAACGACAGUGUCGCCGGGCAGCCGUCACUUUCGCCUGACGAACGGGACGUCUUCACGUGCGACGUCUGCCGGGAAGUGUUUGUCGACAAGAGGAUCUUGAGGACCCACAUGCAACAGCACCUGCUGAAAUGCGACAUCUGCCACAAGACCUGCCGCGACGCCAACGGCCUCGAGGUGCACUACCGGACGCACACGGGCGAGCGGCCCUACUGCUGUGACACCUGCGGCCAGACGUUCUCGCGCAGUGAUCAGUUGAGGCUGCACUCGCUGCAGCACACGGGUGAGCGUCCCUACCACUGCGAUACCUGUGGUAAAACAUUCUUGCGCAGCGAUAACCUCAGGCAGCACACGCUGCAGCACACGGGUGAGCAGCCCUACCGCUGCGAUAUCUGCGGCAAGGCGUUCUCGCGCAGCAAUAAUCUGAGGCAGCACUCGCUGCUGCACACGGGUGAGCGGCCUCACGAGUGCGGCGUCUGCCACAAGAGGUUCACCAACAGCAGCAACCUGGCGCAGCACUCGCGCAUCCACACGGGUGAGCGACCCUACCGCUGCGACUACUGUGGCAGGUCAUUCACACAAAGCAGGAACCUGAAGGUACACCUCCGUAUGCACACGGGUGAGCGGCCGUACCGCUGUGACACCUGCGGAAAGUCAUUUACGCGAAGUAGAAGUGUGAAAGUACACCACCGCCCGCACACGGGUGAGAUGCUGUACGCCUGCAACGCGUGUGGCAAGGUGUUCGUCAGUGGCGAUACCUCGCAAAAACCUGGGCGUGUCCAAAUGCAAGAGGAGUCCUGAAACUGCAUUGUCUUCGAGAAGCACUUUGCAUGGAGGACGAGUCUGAAUACGGGUUCGUGCCUCCGUACUACCAGAAAUACCACCAGAGAUGUCAUACCGACAGAGUGAAGAUGAGUUUUAUAAACUUGCCGUGCAUCUUACAAUUUCACACUGAAACAUCCCCAUUCUAAUUAUUACUGUUGUAAGAGGAAUUCUGUUAUAAAGUCAAAUCGCACCAAAUUAAUUAUUUACAGCAACUUCAGGUAGAAUGUGAAGCCUAUUUGCAGGUUUAAAUUUUUUUAGAACAUAAUGUGUCACAUUGUUAUCAAAAGUACGUAACUUGUAUGGUUCAAAUGGCUCUGAGCACUGUGGGACUUAACAUCUGAGGUCAUCAGUCCCCUAGAACUUAGAACUACUUAAACCUAACUAACCUAAGGACAUCACACACAUCCAUCCCGAGGCAGGAUUCGAACCUGCGACCGUAGCGGUCGCACGGUUCCAAACUGUAGUGCCUAGAACCGCUCGGCCACUCCGGUUGGCUAACUUGUAUGUUCAGUCCUCGUGUAAUAUUAGUGGUCUCGUCUGCUUUACUACUGAAAACAAAAGUAAAGAGUACUGUCUAUUUUGAGUAUUACAGCAUCUAAUUUUGUGUUGUAUAACUGGAUAAUUGUUAAAUAAAACUCAAAUAGCACUUUAAAA